AUGAAGUCGUUCUUUGAUCCUGUGGUGGAAAGUGUGAUCAAGAAAGUGGAAGAACAAAAAGCGCAGCUUGCGAGAAAGAACGCCAAGAUUAAUCGCGUUGUUCUGAUAGGCGGCUUCGGGGACUCCCCAUACCUGAACGCUCGCCUCAAAUCGUGGUGCACAUCAAACGAUAUCAGACGUUUUACGUGUCCAACAGAUUGCCAAGCGGCCAUCGUCAAGGGCGCAGUUCUAAGAGGCCUUGAAGGCAUUCGACCAACGACCAUAGUUGCUAAGCGCAGCUAUGGCUGGAGCUGGGGUUGCGCGUUCAGGGAAGGCAUUGACGAUGAAGAGGACGCAUAUCACGACAUCUACACAGGCCACAAGCUGUGCACAAGGAUGCACUGGACAGUAACCAAGGGACAGGAAAUCGACUCUGACUUCAAGGUAGCGAGAACUGUUAAAACCAGCGUCAAAGACGGCGAGGAGUGGCGCAGCAAGUUGACUUUGUACUCCUGCCCCCUCGAUGUGCCACCAGAGCGUCCGGAUCACGUUAGCAUUGUUCGUGAGGGGGUCGUAAUCACUCAAUUCACAAGCUUAUCAAACGUCGACCGAAGCGAAUACAGCGAUGAAUUCAGCAUGACCGUGUAUCGGUUCAAAUACGACCUGGAGGCAAACUUUCGUGCAGAAGACGGCAUCUUAGCGUUCAAUUCCUCGAGGAACGGCAAAGAAGUUGGCAACACUACGAUAAAUUUUGAGAGUCGUUGA